AUGGAAUCGAGAGAUAAGGUGCUUAAAGGUCAUUAUUUUUUUGAUAGUAAGCCAUUGAUUAUGAAACAUUGGGAUCAGGAUGUUGAUAUGGAAAAGGAGGUGGUGCAGGUUGUUCCAAUUUGGAUCCAAUUGAAGCUGAGUUUUAAAUACUGGAGUGAGAAAGCCAUAUUCAAAAUUGUCAGCCAAUUGGGGAAACCUAUAGAGAGAGAUUAUGCUACAGCUUGCAGGGAUAAAAUUCAGUUUGCUAGAGUAAUGGUUGAAGUUCUAAUGGCAGAAUCUUUACCUGAUCACAUAUUUUUCAUGAAUGAACAUGGAGAGAAGAUUAAGGUGGAUUUGAGGCAGGGUAAAAGUAGGAAAGUGUGGGUUCAGAAACAGAAGCAAGGGGGUGCACAACCUCAACAAGUUGUUAACCCAGUUUUUGAGGUGGAUCAAGAGGGAUUUCAAAGAGCAUUGAGGCCUAUCAGGGUUUGGGCUGACUCUGUGGAACCAACACAUGUUACUAACCCUUUUGAUAUUCUGCAGAAUGAGGGCAUGAAUGAGAGUACUGACAAAUUACCAGGUGGAGAAGAUGAAGUGAGAAGGUUCAUCCAGCAGAUUGAUAUUGGGUUGGUUGGCCUCCUUGAACACAAGGUGAAGGGUGCCAAUCUUGGUAAACUUUAUCAAAGAGUGUUCAUAAAUUGGUGUUUCAAUGGGAAUGUUAGUUUUCAUAAAGGUGGAAGGAUUGUAGUUUUUUGGAAACCAGACAGUUUCACUGUGAGUAUUCUAGCUGUUACAGCUCAAUUCAUUCAUUGCCAUGUCACUCCUUUGAGUGGUAAAGAUGGAUUUUAUUGUACUUUUGUGUAUGCUUUUAAUGAGAGUAGGCAGAGACUAGAGUUAUGGAGAGAUUUAAAUACCUUGAACACACAGGAACCUUGGAUCAUGUGUGGUGAUUUCAAUUGUUUUAUGACUAUUGAGGAGAGAAUUGGUGCUCAUGUGAGGCAAGCUGAAAUUGCUGACAUUAAUGAGUCUUGGCAGAAUGUUUAUAAGGAUGCAGAGGUGUGUUUUAUGAGUGAAGGAGAGUUUGAUCACUCUCCUGGGCUUCUCACUGUGUAUCCAAGGGCUGAAAGUGGAAGGAAACCAUUCAGAUACUUCACAAUGUGGAAGACAGCUCCUAAUUUCAAUGCCAUCAUUCGAGAUGUAUGGAGUGAGGAGAUUAAUGGAAGCAAGAUGUAUGUGCUAGUUUCUAAAUUAAAGAAGAUUAAACUUGCCUUUAAGGAGCUUAAUAAGAUUGGAUUCACUGAUAUCCAAGCUGCUGAUAUUAAAGCUCACUAG